UCCAGAAAAAUUGAAAAAGGCGUUACCCUUGGCCCUAAAUCUCCAAGACGAUACAGAAAAAGUGUUAGUGGGAUGUCUUUGUGGCUUGACGGCUUUAAGAGAAGUAAUGUUGUUUCUACAUCUGGUAUACUUGAGUUUGCUUACAGGGAUUUGCAGAAGGCGACUCAGAAUUUCACAACAUUGGUUGGCCAGGGUGCAUAUGGUCCUGUGUACAAAGCUCAGAUGUCAACUGGUGAAAUAGUUGCUGUGAAGGUGCUGGCAACUGAUUCAAAGCAAGGGGAGCGAGAAUUUGAAACAGAGGUUAAGCUGUUAGGAAGUUUGCAUCACAGGAACCUCUUGAAUUUGCUUAGAUAUUGUACAGAGAAGGGAAAAAACAUGCUUAUAAAUGCGUAUAUGAGCAAUGGCAGCCUAGCUUCCCAUUUAUACUGUCAGACAGCAUAUGUUAGUGUUUAUAUGUCUAAAAAUAUAUAUGUUAGUGUUUAU